AUAGUGACUCUUCGCUGUUUGCGUUUAGUAAUAGCAGAGACACCACCCAGCGACAAGAUGCCCAAGUUGAUUCUGUACGGUUUGGAGGCAAGUCCGCCAGUUCGUGCCGCCAAAUUGACUUUGGCUGCCCUGGAUGUUCCCUACGAUUUCGUCGAGGUAAACACUCGGGCCAAGGAGAACUUCUCUGAGGAGUUUCUGAAGAAGAAUCCCCAGCACACGGUGCCCACGUUGGAGGACGAUGGACAUUUCAUCUGGGACUCACAUGCCAUCAUUGCCUAUCUGGUGUCCAAAUACGGCAAAACGGACAGUCUCUAUCCGAAAGAUCUCCUCCAGCGUGCUGUCGUGGAUCAGCGAUUGCAUUUCGAGUCCGGGGUGAUCUUCGCCAACGCACUGAGAAGCAUAACCAAGCCACUUUUCGCCGGUCAGCAAACCACGAUUCCCAAGGAGCGUUACGAUGCUAUUAUUGAGGUCUAUGACUUCCUGGAGACCUUCCUUGCUGGAAAUGACUACGUCGCCGGCAGUCAGCUUACCAUUGCCGACUUCAGUAUCAUCUCAACUGUGUCCUCGUUGGAAGCCUUCGUGAAGGUGGACACGACCAAAUAUCCUCGUAUUGCUGCCUGGAUCAAUAGACUCCAAAAGCUGCCCUACUACGAGGAGGCCAACGGCAAUGGGGCUCGUAUAUUUGAGUCCUUCAUCAGAGAGUAUAAUUUAACUUUCGCAACUAAGUAAAUCAUUUAUACACAUGCUUUAUAAAUAAUAUAAUCUUAAGCAUUUCGUACAGUAAACAAAAUAAACAAAUAGAAAAUAUACAAAUAAAAAUACAAAAGAGCACCUCGCCAGGUUUUUAUUAACUCUCUUGCGAAAAUGUGUCUCUUUAACGUUCUCUUUCCAAAUUAAAUAAAUAUGGUGCCUCUUUGGUUUA